AUGACAAUUUUAUCUGCAAUCACUUCAAUUACAAGACCAAAUAAAAUUAGUAAAUCAGUUGUUUCAUCAAAUGGAGGUGCUUCAUUGUCAUUGAGUUCUAAUUCAGUUGCAUGUGCUACUGCUUGUGGUGGAUCAAGUUAUUCAUACAGCUCAAGUUACUCAAGUUCAGGUUUGGGAUAUUCAUAUAACUCAAGCUAUUCAAGUUCAGUUGGCUAUAGUUCCUCCGUUGGCGUUGUAAUUGGAAGUUGUGGCCAUUGCAGUUAA